AUGUUUUCAACAUUGCUAAAUUGCUUCCGAUUUUUCAACAUCACACAUAUUCUAAUUUCUUAAUAUUUCACUGAAUAUCCAAUUUGGUGUGUAACAAUUGCAGAAAUUUUCACUAUUUCUGGUGAUGCUGCAAUAGUUUCUGUUGGCAUUUAUAUCAUAUUCUAUGUGAAAGCUAUCAACAUGAUGAUCAAGAUGUUGAAUGACAAGGAGAAAAUUGAGAAAUGUCCGAAUCUCUUGAUUUGUAUUUUGAAGAAACACACUCAAAUGAUAAGAAUUCUCAACACUUUCAUUGAUGCCGUGAAAUUCAUAUCAUUCUUUCAAUUGUUAACGAGUUCAGUCAUUUUUCUUACUAUUCUAUAUACUAUUCAAGUAUACAAAGAUAUUAUCGAAUUAUACAUCUUUCUCUUUGCUUUGUUAAUUCAAUUGGCAUUUCUUUGUCUCUUUGGUGAAAUUAUUCGCCAUCAAACUGAGCAGAUUUUCCAGAAUCUUUACCUCACAAAUUGGUACGAAAUGAGUUUGUCUGACCAGAAAAUCCUUCUCUUGAUGAUGAUCAAUUCUACUGAGCCAAUUGGAUUGAAAGCCGCCGGAAUGUAUGAAGUUUCGCUCAUGGCUUUCGUACAGAUUCUCAAGAUAUCCAUGUCAUAUUCAGCUAUAAUCCUCACAUUGACCGAAUAGUAAGCUUAGGAACUUCAUGAACUUAUAAAAGACGCCAGAUUAUUAACAAGAGCCUCAUUUCAAAGGCAUCCGACAGCUGUAAGAAAAAGAUGUCUAAUUUAUUACUAAAUGUGAAUAUGCAAUUUUUCACUUCUGUUAGCAAAGCAUCCAAAAAGUGUACUCAUAAAGUUCAAAUACGUUCAUAUAUCGAUGUUAUGAGCAUUACAACAAUAAA